AGGUAUAUAAUUAGGUAUAUAUAAUAGAUAAGGAAUUAGGUACAUAUAAUAGGUAGGCAAAAUAGUUUAUGUGGUUUAUAUAUAUACUUUUUUGCUUUAUUAUAUAAUAUAAUUGACAUUAUUCUGGUUUAUACUUUCUGGUUUAUACAGUCAUAUUGUUAUUGUUUACUAACUUCAAUUUUGAGUGUUAUUAACAUUUUAUUCUUUCCAUGUUGCAAACCACAGAAGUUUCUUACUUAAUAAAAUGGAUACAGUAUUUUCUGCCAUCAAUAAUAUACUUUGGAAGUUGUUAUUCACAUUGUUAAGAAUAGAAGCAUUUGUAUACUUUUAAUAUAUUUUCAAAUAAAAUAUAACUACAAAAUAUCUACAAUCGAUUUUGAGGAUUCUAUUAUAGCAACAUAUUUCACUGUGUCUUUAAAUCCUUUUCUUUUCUUAAUCUGCAAAAUAAAAAAUAACUUUAAAAAUGUUUCUAAGCAUAUAUAUGCAAAAGUAAUGUCGGAAAACUUCGGCCAAGACCGGACGAAAUUAUCAGUACAUUAUUUUCAUUGUCAAAUUAUCUAUGCAAAUGUUGCGUAUACGUGUGGAAGUUGCAGGGGCAUCUAAUCUGAAAUAGCCGUGGAUAUUCAAAUCUUCACGUGUAGCUUUAAUGGCCUCUUUAAUGGCGAAGAACGCAGACGAUACCAAGAAUAAUGGCUUAUCGAAAACCUGUAAAUGUUCGAGCGAUAACAGCAUUAUAUCAGUAUUAAUAUAACGCUAGCAUUUACUUUUUUUUAGUAGUUUUUUAGGUAGUUAUGUUAUAAUACAGGUCAAUACAUUGGUGUCUGUUACGUGUAAAGAUAAUAAAUUGUAUAAAUUGUAAAGUAUGUGUAAUAAAUUGCAUUAGAGAAAAUCAUAUCUUAGAAGAGUAUAUCGCUCUCGGAUUGGAAGCUUCUUUUAACAAGGAAACGUUACAUUCUUUAGAUAUGUCGGUGAAAUCUGGCAGUUUAUAUAAACCUGGGCCUAUAUUAAACAAAAUCCCCGUUGGUGAAUAGGUCAUUUCCUCUAAUGUGAAUAAACCAUAUCCUUGGAUAAAACCAAAAAGCAAGCAAAUUCAUCACAGUACCCUCGGAGUCCGGCAGAAAUGGAAUUGGAGAAAGAGUACGGGACAGCAGAACCGCGAUCGAAGGAAUCCGCCGAAAAAGUCCCAUUCGUCACGGCAGUGCUGACGCACUUAGGUUUCUACAUUCUUAUGUUCCUCGGGUUUAUUAAUUAUUUGUUCUUCGUUCCGAAGGUUGCGCUCGAGAAGAACAGAGAGGGAUACGCCCCGCUCUAUGAUAAUUUUGAGAAAUUUUACCUCAGAUAUGUAUACAGAAGAGUCAGGGAUUGCUGGAACAAGCCAAUAUGUUCUGUUCCCGGAGCAACGGUCACACUGAAAGAUCGAGUCACUCACGAUUACGGAUGGACGUUUCAGUUUACCGGAACUCAAACGAAAUGUAUAAAUUUGGGUUCUUACAAUUAUUUGGAAUUCUCCAAGAACACUGGCAAAUGCGCCAUGGAUAGCAUCAAUACGCUCAAGAAGUUCGGUUGCGCCACUUACAGUACACGCCUCGAAUUAGGAACUAUGACGAUACACCAAGAAUUGGAGAAACUGACUGCCAAAUUUAUGGGAGUGGAAGAUGCUAUAGUAUUUGGAAUGGGAUUCGCGACGAAUGCUUUAAGUCUGCCCUCUCUGGUUGGGAAGGGUUGCUUGGUUCUCAGCGAUGCAAAGAAUCACGUGUCACUCAUUCACGGAAUGCGAUUGUCGGGUGCAACGGUGCGAGUCUUCAAGCAUAACAAUGUGAAAGACUUAGAGGAAUGUUUGAAAAAAGCCGUCGUUUUUGGACAGCCGAGGACAGGCGAACCUUGGAAAAAGAUACUCAUCGUUGUUGAGGGUAUUUACUCUAUGGAGGGCUCGAUUGUUUGCCUACCCGAAAUAAUAGAACUGAAAAAGAAAUACAAAGCUUAUCUUUAUUUGGACGAGGCUCAUAGUAUAGGUUUCAUGGGAAAACAUGGGAGAGGAAUUUGCAAUUAUUACGAUAUUGAUCCACGUAAUGUCGAUAUACUGACGGGAUCAUUCGCUAAAAGCUUCGGCGCGAUUGGUGGAUACAUAGCUGGCACGAAAGCGUUGAUAAACCAUUUGAGAAUAUACUGUCAUGCGCAUACGUACGCAUCAGCAAUGUCCCCGCCAGUUGCGCAACAAAUUAUCAGCGCAAUGCAAAUCAUCGUAGGGGAGGGCGGCAUGGAUGAAGGUAAAAAACGCAUAAAGCAGUUAGCUAGAAAUACAAGAUACUUCAGACGCAGACUGAAUCAAAUCGGAGUUAUAAUCUACGGAAACGAGGAUUCGCCCAUUGUGCCUAUGCUAGUUUAUAUGUAUUCUAAAAUCGGUGCAGUGAUACGUACUUUGAUAACGCAUAAAAUUGCAACUGUCGGCGUCGCAUUCCCAGGUACGUCGUUAAUGGAAGGCAAAAUUAGAUUUUGUGUUUCUGCUGGGCAUACGAAGGAACAGUUAGAUUAUGCAUUGUUGCAUAUCGAGAAUAUCGCUGAUAUGUUAGGAUUAAGGUAUUCAAGAAAACCUCGUACGACCGCAAAAAUAGAAUAUUAUUCCGAUAACGAGAUGGAAUUAAUAAUUUAA